CGCCGGCGUGGUACACCCAACCUGCAGAGGCCGCUGCCGCCGGAGGCCAAGCAAUUAUGCUGACUGACAGGGAGAGCUAUCCAAUCAGCAAGAGACCGUGUCCCGCCGACCAAUGGCUGAUGGGGCCGGGACUCCCGGCGGAAAGGAGCUGCGAAGAAGGUGGCGGGCGAGGAACGGGCGGCUCUGUCGGGAGGGGAUGAGGGCCGUGCGGGCGCUGAAUGGCCUUUUCGCCCUCUACAAGCCCCCUGGUGUCCACUGGAAGCGAGUCCGGGACACCGUCGAGGCUAACUUGUUGAAAGAUCUUAAUUCUGCGGAAUGUCCUCGUCCCGAAUACCAAAUCCGCUUUCUACCGACUGUUACCCAGGGUGUUAAUGGCACUGAAACCAACCUGACCGUGACACAGCUGCCAGUCCUGGCCAAUCAUCCACGAGUUAGAGGUCCUAAGUUUUCUCGUUUGAAAGUGGGAGCUGGUGAUCGUUUGGACUACCGCUCAUCUGGGGUCUUUGUGCUUGCAGUCGGCAGUGGCAACAAGCAAUUAUCUUACCUCCACGAUUGUCAUCUGACCAAGGAAUACACUGUAAAAGGCAGCUUUGGCAUGGCAACAGAGGAUUUUACAGAGACGGGCCGACUGAUUGAGAAAACAACUUAUGAUCACAUCACUCGGGACAGUUUGGAGCGCAUCAUCGCUGUGAUCCAGGGCAGUCACCAGAAAGCACUGAUAAUGUAUUCUGGCAUUGAUUUGCAAAGCCAAGAAGCGUACGAGCUUGCAUGCCAGGGGAUGUUACGUCCAAUGAACAAGUCCCCUCCCAUCAUCACUGGCAUUCGAUGUAUAGAGUUCUGCCUUCCGAAUUUCAUUCUGGAGGUCCAAUGUGUACAUGAGACCCAGCAGUACCUGCGUAAGAUUGUCCACGAGAUAGGUUUGGAGCUGAAAUCUUCAGCAGUUUGCACCAGCGUGCGACGUACACGUGAUGGGAUUUUCACACUGGACGAUGCAUUAAUCAGAACGAACUGGAAAUUACAGAGCAUAUCCAUAGCAAUCCAACGCAACCAGCCGAGAGUGGAAGCUGCUCUCCUAAAGGACAGCUGGAGACAUAGUGACAUUUCUGAGGAAGACAUGCCCGCUGGAUUACUGCAGAGGUUUCCAGUGCCCUAAGUGGCUAAGAACUGAUUGGCUGAACUAUGCACAAACCUGUGGUCACAAGAUUUUGAUUUGCUCCAUCUGUGUUUACUGAUCAAGAGUGAAAUAUAUUUUUGUGGUAUUUCUACAAGGAAAUCUACAUCAGACA